CGGCGCGGCAGGCCGGGCGGGCGGCGGCAGCAGCCGAAGAGGCCGCGGCGGCGGGUCCGAGUGGCGGAGGCGGCAAGGGCGGCGGCGGCGGGGGGCCGGGUGGCCGGGGUCCCGGGCCCCGCAGGGGCGGCAGCGGCGGCGGCGGCAGGAUGAUCAAGCUGUUCUCGCUGAAGCAGCAGAAGAAGGAGGAGGAGUCGGCGGGCGGCACCAAGGGCAGCAGCAAGAAGGCGUCGGCGGCGCAGCUGCGGAUCCAGAAGGACAUAAACGAGCUGAAUCUGCCCAAGACGUGUGACAUCAGCUUCUCAGAUCCAGACGACCUCCUCAACUUCAAGCUGGUUAUCUGUCCUGAUGAGGGCUUCUACAAGAGCGGGAAGUUUGUGUUCAGUUUUAAGGUGGGCCAGGGUUACCCGCAUGACCCCCCCAAGGUGAAGUGUGAGACGAUGGUUUAUCACCCCAACAUUGACCUCGAGGGCAACGUCUGCCUCAACAUCCUCAGAGAGGACUGGAAGCCAGUCCUUACGAUAAACUCCAUAAUUUAUGGCCUGCAGUAUCUCUUCUUGGAGCCCAACCCUGAAGACCCACUGAACAAGGAAGCCGCCGAGGUCCUGCAGAACAACCGGAGGCUGUUUGAGCAGAACGUGCAGCGCUCCAUGCGGGGUGGCUAUAUCGGCUCCACCUACUUCGAGCGCUGCCUGAAAUAGGGUCGGCGCAUACCCACCCCUGCCAGGGCCACCAGCCCCGGCGUCCCCUGCAAAUAUUUAUUGGGGGCCACAGGUGGGGGGGGCAUGGGGCAGCCGGUGGGGGAAUCCCAUGCCCUGACCUGCCACCCCUCCCUGCCACCCGCUCCUAGUUGUUUUUUUUUUAAACCACCAUGUGAUUGAGGUCGGCGCUGCCUUCCCCGACCCGCUCAGCGAUGGGAAAUGAAUUGGCUUGUCUAGCCCCACGCUGGGUGCUAUCCAGCCCCCCUAAUCUGGGCUCUGGGGUGGGAGGCCAAGGGUGGCUGGGCACCCGGCACCCCACCCCUGCACCACUGGAGGUCCCGCCAGGCUAUUAAAGGGGAAUGUUACUGCA